AUGACAUUAAAACAAAAAGUAAAAGAAAUGCUAUCUGUAUGGGCAGUUGUGCUGGCAUAUCUACACAUAGUCAGAUGCGAUAUAGUUGGGCAUGAUAUCUAUGGAGUACAUCAAUAUUGGUUUAUGAAGGAAAUAUGCAUAGAAAAAAGAGUUGACAUACGCAGACGUUUUUGUAAAUAUGUAGAGAUUUUGAAGCCUGAAGAACUGAAAGAAAAAAACGAUAUAUCUAGCUCGGUGAGUAGAAAGAUAGAGGAAGGAAAGAAAGUUUAUACGAUGAUAGAAAAUAUGUGGAAAGAAUUUGAAGAAAAGGAAGAACAGAUAUCAAACAUAAUAGAAAAUAAGAUACAAGAUUUCCAAGAAGGGAUAGACAAUAAGUCAACUUGCUGUGAGUAUGAACAACUCGAAUCUAUGCAUGUAGAUAAAAAAACAGAGGCCAAAUUGAACCUACUAUUUUAUCCUGCAUAUAAGCUUAGUCUGUUACUGGUCGAUCAGAUACACAUAUUUGACUCGUAUAUGCUAGCGGUGCUAGAAGAGUAUAGCAAAAAGAGAAGUAAAGACAGUAACUUGAGCGAGCUAACACUGUUCAGGCUGGCAAAGAACAAAAAAGUAGUGGCUGCUGAACUAAUAUACUAUCUCUAUAAUUUAGACAUGACUAAGAAAUAUUAUGAUCUAAAAAAUGUACUAAACCAUAUAGGUUUUGAUAUACUAAAUCAUAUUGUGUGGGAAACUAUAGAUUCAUUUACUGAUGCAAUAGAAAAGGAUGUAGCAGAAAAUAACCUCACUCCAUUAGCAUCAGCUGAUAAACAGCUUCAGUUGCUAUUGAAUGAGGAUAAACAUGCAUGCAUAAUAAAUGAAGAAACAAUGAGCAUGUAUUUAGAUCUGAUAGACCCUGAUAUCUCAGAUGAAGAAAAGAUAGAAAAGUACAAGGAUAUUACGUUUAUGCAGGUUUUAAGUGCUAUAAUGAUAGAGUACUUGGUGGCUGGAAGUCUUCUAGACUUUAAAUCGAAUAAAGUGUUUUCUGUCUUGGGGAAAAUAAUAGAAAAUAUAUUUGAAAUUGAAAUCGAAAAUAAAGAAAGAAGAAUUAAAACUAUACAAAUAGAAAGAGCAAGAUAUAAACAGGAUAGAAUACUUGAUACUCUAAGUUGUCUAUGGUUUAAUUCAGACUUGCCAAUUUUCAAUGCUUUGGCAUUAGUUCAUUAUCAAGGAUUCCGUAAGAUAAAUAAUCUUCCAGAUAAUAUACUCUUUCGAAUGCAAUGUGUUUUCGAAUACUUCAGAUGGGUAUUAUAUAUACUAAAUAAUAAUCCAAAAGAACAGGGCAAAGCUGAUAAGGAGCUAGUCAAAGAAAUGCAUUUUGAUGCAUUUUACAUAUGCCCAAUAUGGUAUAUAUGCAGGCGUUAUGGAAACACCAGCUCUCUAAUUACACUACCUCCUACGCCCAAUAAAGCUCAAUUUUUGGAGAUGCAUGGGAAUAGGUGUGUACUUAGACCAUACGUGAUAAACAAAGAAAAUGCCAAUAGUGCAGAACAGCUUGCCAAUAUUAGAACUUGUAUUAAUCUGUGGCUAAAAAAGCUUAUUAGCUUUGAAAUUAUCCACAGAGAAGAAGAUGGCGAGGAGUAUCAAAAUAUGGCCCGUGAUUUUUUUGAGUAUUUGAAAAAAUCAUCGCAUGUGCUGCACUCAGUAAAAAUAACAGAAACAAAAAUAGAAGGGGAAGGAGAGGAAUCAUCUCAAUCUAAAGUUUCUGAGGUUCGUAAAAAGAAAUCUUUUGAUAGAUGGCUAAAGUAA